AUGACACGUUCACGUUAUAAGAAUAAAUCAAGAAGCAGAAGUCGUUAUAACUAUCGUUCUAGUAGUUAUCAGUCUUGUUAUAAGUCUAGACAUGAUUCUAUAAGUAAUUGGUCUGAAAGUCAUCACUCUAGAUCCAAAAGUCCUUAUUUUAAAUAUAAUCGGUUUGAAAGUUAUCACCUUAGAUCCGAAA